AGUAACAGCGUACAAGUUCAUGUGUAUAAGUGACACAUUAUCUGGACGGUGAAUAAGUAUAUCAAAUACUUCGUAUACAACCCUUGGGUGGGGGAGUCGGCAACAUGUAAAAGGUAGUCGCUUCAACGUAUCAGGAAUUCGAUUUUCCCUCCUGACGAUAAGGAAAAAUUAGGUCAUCGAUUUCAUAGGUAUUUAUAACAAGUAUUUUCAAAAAAAAUAUGUCGCACGUUUGUUAUUUAUAUCGUCAAAAGGAAUUGAUCAUUUUGAAUUUUUUGUUAUGAUUUGUUAUGAUUUAACUAUUGCACUUAAGAGAUUAAUCAUUUUUGGACUGUUUCAGGUGUCUGUAACUAAAAUAUUAUAUGAUAUACAUUAUAUUGAACAAAUCAACCAUGCUUUUACCACUCGAUUACCGUGAAUUUGAAAUCUGUCAAAUAGUAUAGAAGUUACUGGGACUACUAAACGCAUAGAGCACUCGGAUCAAUGACCAGCAUAAUAAUACAGAUUUAUAUUGCUGUCUUCCGUCCUGGAUAUAUUUUUUGAAAACAAAAAUAAAUAUCUAAAAAGCCGUGACCUAGAUUUUUGUUGUAUCCGAUACGUAGAAAAUCGAUCCCCCCAUACGUUGGAUCGACUCCUCCAUACUUUUUGGCGACUCCGCCGCGUGAGGGGUUGUAUACGGUGAAGUGGGUUUUUCCAAAAUAUGCACAAUAAAUGUUUACUUUCAACCUCGUUAUUUAGUAUCAAUACUUAGCAAAGGGCAUAAACGAAACCUUAUACAACUUUAUUUUAUGCACGGUACACUUCAAAGUGCAUUAAAAAUUACAAACAGAACAACGAUGUAAGAUUUAUGGAUAUUCAGGUAUUCCCCAACAAUUUCCGAGGAAGAUUUAUUUAUUCGGUUUUCAACUUUGCUUGUUAAGUAACGGUAUCUAGAAUAUCAUGAAGAAAACAUGAAGACUAUCGUGCUUUUGGUCAUUGUCCUUUGGAAUCCUUCUGUGAUAAUGCAAAAACCAGCCGGACCUAUACAAUGUGUGAUCAUCCAAGACAAACAAGGUCUAACAGUGCCGUUUAAUCAUCCAUCCUUUUUGACAUCAAACAUCAAAACAAAAUGUCAAGUUCGUGGGACAGGACAAGGGAUGCUGAGAUGUGGAUCGUCAGAUGUGUACAUAAAACCUGAGUGUGUCUGUUCCUUCUACAACGUGUAUGAGGCCAUAUACCACAACCACACCUCUUGUCCCAACGGAGAGAAAUCGGAUGAUGUCACAAAACUAAAGUGCCCGGAUUGUAAGAUGUAUAGUUCAAAUAACAACGGACCCUGUAUUAACGGAGGCAAGCUUACAUGUAAAGGAGAAGAAGUGGCUCCUCGUAUUAUCUGUGAGUGUCCAUUGAACUACAAAGGGAUGUUCUGCGAGGAAAAGAUAGAAAAUGUAACAAGAAUAUGUGAUAUGACUUCAAUCUCUCCAACAAAUGACCUGCCAAACUGUGACUCAACAAAAAGGGUUUGUGUUACAUACAGUAAGAAUCGACGGUACGCUUACAAAUGUCAGGAGACCGAUACCUUCCAGGAGAGAAGAGGCCUAGGGUUACCGUUGUGCAUUGACACAGAAGAUACCACAGAAAAACCCUUUGUUAAUAGAACCCCAAUUUAUCUUUAUACAACACUAAAAUCGAUUGUAAAAUCGACUAAGACGGUUCAUUUAAGUUCUUCUGCAGGAGUGCAUGUAUCCAUUACUUUAUUUACAUUUCUUUCGCUGAUAUUACAAAUAUGAGAUAAUUGUUCACAGUGUCAGAGUAUUUGAUUUAACAUCUAAAAACUCCACAACAAAACAACUAUCAUGUUAUAUUCGUGUUAAUUUGUUAUUGUUUUUUAAAUGUUUAGAAACUAAUCUUGUAAAUCUUCCUAUCAUCAAAAUUUUGAGUGAAGUUUCUCUAUUUCUUGUUUUGAAUUCCAAAGAUGGCAGGGGACAGGUUUUUUUUAAAUACAAUUCACUGUAGCCAGGGGAUGAGUGUCUUCGGAAAUCUGUAACUAAAUUUCUCCGGUUACCAUUCAGCAUAAAUACCUUUACCUCACUCCUCAUGAAGCCAAUCAACAAUUUUUAAGGGAAAAUUACUAGUCAGAAUGUUUAAAAUUUUAUACAUUGUGGUUUUUCUGAGGUUUCGACCCUUUCAUGUUUUGCCAAUUAUUCAUGAGUUUUCUGCAUUUUAGACCUUCCCCAGCUAAUUCCCUGCAUAUGGUAGACCGUCCGUGCCGUGUGCAUGUCGCACCAUCACAUGUCAGAAAUUUACUGGUGUAUAGUUUACUAUGUCCCAUCUACCUACUUUUCGCGUUAUUUUACCUCCCGUCUGUAACUUGUAAUUUCACUGUUUUAAGUCAACACAAUAGUCAUAGCCGCAAGUUUUGCAUUUUACUUCUGCUUCUCAUAAACUUAACAUUAGGGGCCUACAUAUUGAAUAUCAUUUUCAACAAGAGUCAUCCCGUUAACUAAUGAUUAUCAUUAAAAUAAUUUAAUGAAUUUUAGCAACACUUAUAGGCCUUCAAGUACAGCGACUCUCCAUUUUAUACAAUAAAAACAAAACUGUCCCUUGCUAUCUAAAGCUACUGAAAACGACAUAUUUCAGAGUGAUGAAUUUUGUCGUUUAAACCCUCUCGAAGACAGCUCUCUCCCCCCCCCCCCCCC